AUGGGAGCUGAGGUCCUGGUCCCAGGCAUGAUGACCUGUUUCCUGAAGCACCUGCGGGAGAAACCCGGAGAGAUGGUCCAGCAGUCUCUGGCUAAGCUAACCAUACAGUUGAGUAACCUGGGCCUUGUCUCUGUUGUGGGAAAGAAGGCUGUGGCAGCCACUUAUGAAAUCUGUAAUCUUGUCAUGAGAGUGGUUUCCAUAUUCCUGUCCCAUUGUGGCAACUAUUCCAGGCAGUUCUUGUACUCAGUUACAGGUAUUAUUGCACGGGACAAGAUGGCCGCUGUGCUUCGGUGUUUCACAGAAACAGCCAAGACCUUCAACCUACUGGGCUUCAACAGCACCUACUUCCAGUUGAAGCCUGUGGUCCAGGCGGUGGUGACCUAUCUGGGAAAGAUAUACCAAAGCAAAAUGGCUGCUGCCUUCAAGUACCAGCUACCCCUGGCUGAUGAUCAUUCCUCGGAGCUUGAGGAGUUUUGUGGAAAGAUCGAGGCACCCAUCAUUGUUGAGGAAGUCCCCAGUGAGCUUCUGGGGAAGGUGGUGGACUCACAGAACAGAUUUCUGGCUGAGCGCUCUUACUGUCACAGGCGUAUCCUGGCCAAACAGCCGAAAGAAGAGCUUGCUGCAGCUAGAUACAUCAUUUCUUAUCAUGAUCCUAAUGAACUCCUGGAGAAAACAGAGAAGAAGUCGGUGGAGAAGGGAUCCCUGGCUGCUGUCUCUGAAAGUCUUUCCCUGGCCUUACUGCCUCCUGAAGCCAUACAGCUUGUGGCAACUGGACACAUCACUGAUGUUCGUGCUGAAAAAGCUCUGGUGAAGGCUGAAGCCAAGGAGUUGGUUAUGGACGGCCUGAGAACUGCAGCUUUCAAAGUUGUGGAGGACCUCAUAGCAGCAGCCAAUGAAAUGGUUGGCAUGGACACUCCCCUGGAUACUGAGAUCUCUCAGACCGAGAAGGUUGUCCUCAUCACUGGCAAGGCUAAGUCUCAGGUUACUACUGAAGAUGUUCCUGAUGAACUCCUGGAGAAGACAGUGAAGAAGUCGGUGGAAAAGGGAUCCCUGGCUGCUGUCUCUGAAAGUCUUUCCCUGGCCUUACUGCCUCCUGGAGCCAUACAGCUUGUGGCAACUGGACACUUCGCUGAUGUCCGUGCUAAAAAAGCAUUCAUGAAGGCUGGAGCCAAGGAGCUGGUGAUGGUUGGCCUGAAGACUGCAGCUUCCAAAGUUGUGGAGGACCUCAUAGCAGCUGCAGUAGAGAUGGUUCACAUGACCACUCCCCUGGAUACCCAGAUCUCUCAGACACAGAAGGUGGCCCUCAUCAAUGGGAAGUCUGAGAUUGCUGCAGAGGAUGUUCUUAAUGAACUCCUGGAAAAGGUUGUGAAAGAGUCUGAGAAGAGGAGAUCCCUGGCCCUGAUCUCUGUCUCUGACUACCCCCCCUUGGCCACUCAGCUUCCUCAGCUCACCAAUCUUGUUCCUGAGCAGUACAGUGGAGAGGCUGCCAAGUGUGCUGAUGAAGACAGAGAGGUGAAGAAGAAGAAGGAGAAGAAGAAGGGAAUCCAUGCAUUCUUCAGAGGGCUUUGGAAGAGGAUGAUGCAUUCCUCUGGAAUCCCCAAGGAUGACUGAGGCCCUGUCACCUAGGAGUGUGUGUGCCCCUUCAAGCAACACACAAAGUAUAUUUUGAAUCCAAAAUAAAACAGUUAUUGGCAUUUCCAAGAAGUUGUGAUCCAUGCAGAGAUGUGUACACAGGUCAAAAAGUACUGGGGCUAAAUGUGUAGCGGGCUCCAGGAUUGUAAAAGAAUCUUACAUCAUGAACAUACUAGUAUAAUUAAACUUUUAUUUUAUCGUCAACUUAUGAAAUCUCCAUAUCUGGUAUUAAUCAAAACCUCUUAUUUGUUUUUCUAUACAUGCAUUGUGCUGAAAUUGAACAUUAAAUCUACUUUCUUGUUUUCUUUAUUCAGUGAAAUACAUUGGUGUAUAGCUGCUUGUCUAGAUCUAGUUCUUCUGGGUUAUUAGUUACUGCAGUGGGUCAUGUUAAGAAGAUAUCCAUCUAUAUCCGAAUAGCUACAAAGAAGCAUUAACAAUUUCUCCUUUUUAAAUAGAAAAUGAUAAAACUCCUAGGGAACAUUUUAAUGGCCAACAUAUUAAUUGCAAUUCAUUGGAGGAGAAACAUUGAAAUGUUUCAAUGUGAAAGUGUCAAUUAAUUGUUCUCCCUGAUUGCCUUAAGUUUUGUCUAUUUAUUCUUAUUAGUUUGUGGUUUAUUUCUGCUUUUAAAAUAUCUAUGGGAUUAUUACUAUAUUGAUUUGAUUGUGGGAUUAUUUUAAUCUAAUUAAAUGAGGGGAUUAUUGAUUUGAUUGAAAGUACAAGUGUAAAAAACAACAAAUAUAUCAUUACACAAGUCAAGUAGUAGAACAACCAAUUCUAAAAAAUCCCUCACUCCAACCUCAUCUCUAAAUCACAGAAUAGGUACAAACACAGUGCUGCAGCGUGAACUCACGCGCACUCACAAACGAUUUUGUACAAGUCUUUCAAAACAACAAAACAACACAAAAGUGAUCAGUCCAGGUCCAAGUGUCUGGCUCCUGGGCAGUCAAAAAAACACAAAUCAAAUAGAAUCAGGCUCUUGUCCUACCAGUCGUGGCAAGGCUCUUUCUGCUUGAUCUCUCAGAGGCAGCCAGCAGAUUGUUGGCAACAGUAGCUAGCAAGCAACCCGUACUGUAGAUGACUCGGUAAGGCUUUCCAUUUCACACUCCACUCCAACACUGGUACUCAAAGAACCGAUCGGGUCUAGCGGACGAAAUCCAAGUCAGUUCGCUGGAUUUUCCCCAAGGAAUGUAGAAGAAUGUAGGAGGGGGAAAAAAGACACAGCUGAGGCAGCUAACAGUUCUCCAACCGUACUGUAGUUAGCAGAGCUUCUUCGGCUAGCUAACCGUAAAAACAAAACAAUUCAGGAAAACAAAACUUUCGCUAUAACAAAAUAACAAAUAUUCUCUCAAUCAAUACUCUAUUCACAAAACAAUAACAUAUAUUCCUAGCUAACUAAAUCAAUAUCUUCGUCUCUUUCUUUCUUUCUUCUCAGUAAAAUGCAAUUUGUUUUUCUUUCUUUCUAGUCUCUCGUCUCUCGUCUAGUUCGGUUAGCCUUCCUUUCUCCGCGUGAGAGCGCGCAAGACCCCCAAACUUUCCCGCCUGCACCCCGAAAGAUACACAUUCACCCACAGCAAGUUAUCCCAACAUAAAAACAUGAAACAAAUACGUAUAUGGAUCCACAGCAUCAACCUGGGACCAAACCACACCAGCAUCACUUUUCUUAAUCAACAAAUAAAUAAUAGCUCUUGUAUAUUACUUUUGUGAAUAUAAUAAUUAUUUAUUUUUUACCCUUUAUAAAUAAUUUUAUUUUACAUUUAAUUAAUUUGUGCCCUGUAACCCUGGGUUACAUUUGCAUAAUUUGUUCCUGAGGCUAAGUUGUCGCAACACAACGGUGGGUCACACAGGGGCGUGUUCAGGGGGUGGCCUAGGGUGG